CGUAGAGAGAGAUACUUGACGUAGACUAGCAUGCCCACUGUCUGCUGUAUGUGUUGCUGGUAUUAUUUCUUGCAUUGAAUUUGUGACCUGAUUUGUAAUCGUCUGCGCUGUGAUGUGGUGCUGCUGGAGCUCUGUGUGAGAGCGGGAGAAUCUGCAGGCAGAAGAGAGAGUGACGCACACUCAGGCAGGGAGAGGAGGUGUAGAAACGACAAGGAGAAAGAGGGAGGCUGAGCAGCAAAAAUAGAGAAGUGUCAGGACAGGAUUGAGAAGAGAAGAGCGGGAAGGAGUGAACAUGGUUUGGUAGGUUCCAGUACGGAAGGUAGUGUGUGCGGUGCAUGUGUGUGGUGCGUGUGGCGUGUGUUGUUUGGUGUUUGUGUAGCGUGUGGGCGAGAGGGUGUCAGAGCUGGGACGAUGGUGUGAGGAUGCUACUCGUAUCCGCGCCAGCAUGUCGUUGGUGGGCAGGGGCAGUGUGGAGCUGCUUGGUCAGCAUGGCACCGGUUACCGUAGCCAGAUAGCGGCCGGCAUCAUGCCAGGGCGGCCCAUGGACUGCUUCAGGACCGUCUCCAAACGGAUCGGACGCCUCUUCCGCCGCCUGCCCAAAUCCAGGUCCUGGUCGGAUAACCUGAAGCUGAUUGACACGCCCAGCAAGUCCUACUCCCUCACUCUCUCAGACAGCAGCUACCCAUGUCUUCUGGAAUGCCCUGGACUCGUCCAGAAGGAUAUAAACUGGAAUGAUGGACAGACAGAGGACGCCCCGCCCCCAGGGACAUGCUCAGUCAAUGACCAGGGUACAGAUGGCCCUCACAAUGGUAUUAUUGAGGUCCACCUAAAGCUACGGAGGCCUAUCUCCGUGGAGACGGAUGGUGGGAGCUCAGACAGCAGCGCUGUCUCCAAACUUCAGGCCGAGGAGGUCAAGCGAAUUCAUGUGAGCAGCAGCACUACAGUCCAAGAGGUCAUUCAAGGCCUGCUGGGAAAAUUCAGCGCGCAGAACGACCCCUCCAGGUUCACCCUUUACCGCCAGACGCACCGCGACGGCCAGGAUGUUCUCCAGAAGCUGUCCCUGUCAGAGCAUCCCCUUUGUCUGCGGAAGGGGGCGCAGCCUGAGCCUGAUUCAAAGCCGUUGACGUUCGAGCUGAGAGAGAAUGACGCGGCAGGUGUGGAGUGGUAUGCGUUCUCAGUCCCUGAGCUGCAGAACUUCCUGACGAUCCUGACGAAGGAGGAGGAGCUACGGGUGAGGCAGGUGGAGCGCCGGUACAAGCAGUACCGGGAGAAGCUGUGCCAGGUGCUGCAGGAGGCACAGGGCAAGCCCGGGUAGAGCCACACCCACAGCCCAAGAGCCCCGCCCACAAAACAGGCCAAUGUGGGGAUUCGGCUGUGUUCAGGACACUCUCCACCAAUCCCUGCCCCUCUCUGUGGAUAAAGGCCAAAACUACUGCUGGGGGGCGGGCCAAAGAUGCACAAACAACCAAUGGGGGAUGGAAAGGUGUGCUCAGGACAAUCUAAGAAAAGCCCCGCCCCUCUCGGUGGAUGAGGCUGCACACUACUGCUGGGGCAGGGCCAAGAUAUAGGAGGGGCAUGUCUCUCCGGCUUUAAUCGAUUUCCACAAUGGAGUUUGUGUAAGAGACCACAGCAUGCCUCAUAUGUCAGUCUGUGUGGCAAGUCAGCGCCCAUCUUUCAGAGAUCUGAGGUAUAAGUGGAAGUCAAUUAAAAUGGUAUUUUUUGCCAUGUUGGAGUUAGCUGAUAUGGAUAAUAAAAGCUAAACCAGGGCACAAGCACACAGCUGGGGCAAUUUGCUGUGUUCAGGUUUGCAGAGCUCAGGGUGGGGGGAUUUUGGAUUUGUGAGCAUUUCCUAACUGUCAGAUAGAGGUUUUUGGAGAAAGAGUCCUUGUGACAUGAACGUAAAUCUACAAACUGGGCUGUGAUUCUUUUUUGUAUUUUUAAUCCCCUCCUUUUGUCCCAAUUUGGAAUUCCAAAUCAUAUUCAUCAUCAGCAUUCAUUGCAGCAACCUUUACCACUCAUCUGAGAGUGCAUAUAAGCAUUUGCUCUCCUCCAAAGCACACGAUGCUGAGCACUGCCUCUUCACAUACGUCAGGCUCGCACAGACACGAGUCAGAGGAAGACAAUUCAUGUGCAACCUGUCUCUUGAUUAUCCAGCAGGGGUCGCUAGUGAGCGAUAAGAUGCUACAUGCAAUUAUGAAUUUCCCUUGGCCUGCAAGCCAUAGGCAGUUUCUCGAUCCCAUGCAGUGCCUUAACAGUAUGUGCCACACCGUAGCCCUGACUGAGUUUCAAUUUAUUUCCAGACUCAUAGCAUGAAGUACUGAUGUUGUGAACAGAUCUCUCUCAUCUUACUGAAGCUGACUUCAUUCAGACAUCCCACACUGUUCCUCACCUGCUGCCUUCCAUUUGUAAAGUGGCCCUGUUUUUUCUCUGAGGGCAAAAUGGCGCCUUUUUCUCUGUACAAACACCAUUUCUGUAUUCCACAGCAUAAUUAGAUGCCAAGCAGGUUAUUCACCCUCUUAAUCGAAGUUUAAUCAGUGAAUUGGAGAUUUAUCUAAACAGAAAGUCAGUGGAUGUGGGUGAUAACUGCAGUGUUUCACAAGUGAGAAGCUCUUCCUCCUACUAGGUGUUGUAUGAAUGCUUAAACAGGAGUUCCUCUGGGCUUGGCCCUCUCAAUAGAGAAGUGAGUACAGAAGCAUUUGUGCUUCUCUCUUUCUGACUUAGUCAGACCAUAACAGAAGGUGAGUACAGAGGUACUUUGUGCUUCUCUCUUUCUGACUUAAACAGACAGUAACUGGAGGUGGCAAACCAUUUUAUACUGAGCUGACAAACACCAGGUAGAAAGUUUCUCCAUUCUCUACAUCUCUGCUUAGGUGGAGUAAAAAUCUGUGGAGAUCAGCUGAACAAAUGGUACUGUAGAGUGUACUUCUGCAUACUUCAUGAGGUUAAAUGUUUCCAAGUACAAAUUAUAAGCACCCCACCUCACACAACCCAACAAGCGCAUACACUUCUCACUGUUAGGAGCAUGUGUAUAAAGAGUUGUCAAAAAUGGUGAAGUGUAAAAUACUUAUUUUUAAUCCAGAAAAGGAUUUUACUCCUCACCCAAAAUGACACCUCUCCACGAUUCAUCCUUCCCUGCAUGGGACCCUGGCCUUCAAAGCCCUGCUGUCCCUCCACAAACAGACACAGACCAUGUGACACGUGACACACCCUGACAGUCAGAGUGGGUGUGUCAACUGCAGACCAUGUGGGGGUUUGUGCCCUAGUCAUGAUGUAGGCAACCCUGUUGCCACAGAUCCCCCCCCAUCAAAAUGCUUAGCAACACAAAUUAAUCAUCAGGCUAAUUGAAGACAGUCUGCCACAGCCACUCAUCAAUUCACCAUUCAGACUCUGCAAUCAGGCUCAGAAUUAACUGAUAAUCAGACUACAAUCAAGCUCAUGGAGCUAAACUCAGACACAUCUCAGGCACUCCAGGAUCCGGGUUUUCAGGGUUUUCCGAGUUUCAGAGUCCAUUAGCACUGUCUUCAGCCCCCCUCAUUUUAAUGCAUUUAUAUUUUAAAAAAAAAUAAAUAAAUAAAUAUCCUGUCAUAUAUCAGGGUUGGAUGCGUUGGAGGCAGUCCAAACAUUUUUGUGUAAUUUCCCGCAGGAUGCAGUGCGUAGAUGUGGUUGACUGCUGCGUAUAUGUAAUCAUUUUUGAGAAAUAAAUGUGUACAAAUGUCUGUAAAGCUAGUAAAUAAAAUAUAAAUCCAUUUUA